AUGGCAACCAUGGACACCGAGUACAUGAACCAGACAAAGGGUCCACGCAUUUUAGGGGUUUUUUGGGCCUUCUUUAGUAACAUUGGACUCGAUGACUAUAUUAUCGUGGCAGCAAUGGUUAUGGUCACCAGUUAUACAAUUCUCACCACGGUGAAUGUCAUCCUAGGCUACGGGAGUCAUACUUCUGUGUUGAUGGAAAAAGGUGGCAUAGAGUUGGUCGAACGCAUUCUAGUGAUUAACUAUGCAGAUUUUGCAUUGGGAAUCAUGUCUUUCACCACUCCAAAACUCGCAAUCGCUGCUCUCCUGAAUCGCAUCAUGAACCCCAGCUGGUUCCACCGAAUAUGGUUAUGGAUUUUGACAGGCUCGGUAUUCGUGGCGUCAACCAUCUGCAUCAUCGUUCUAUUCACCAUGUGUGAUCCUCCCCAUGCUUUAUGGAAGAUUCAUCUUAUGAGUGAGGGGGCAACAUGCCGUUCCACCAAGAUCCUGGUGGGCUAUGCAAUCUUCACUGGAGUUCUGUCCGCAGUAGUCGAUCUAUAUCUUGCAAUUUAUCCGACUGUGGUAUUGCUGCGGCUUCAAAUGUCGCUUCAGAAAAAAUUGGCCCUGUGCGGAGCUUUGGGGUUGGGUGCCGUAGCCUGUGCAAUGGCUAUUGUGAAGUGCCUCCAGCUGCCAGGUUUAUAUAAUACGGCAGACUCGACAUACGCCACAGCAGAUCUUGUUAUCUGGACGAGUAUCGAGUCGAAUAUCAUCAUAAUGGCCUCCUGUAUCCCAACCUUGGGUCCGAUAUACGAAAUGAUCCGGGGCAAACGUUCCUGGAGUUCUCAUGGACGAUAUGAGAGCGGCAAGUUACGCUCUUACACGGACAGGCCCACGAAGAAAUCAGCAAGCAACGCUCACGAGGACGACGAUAUUCUCAUGACAACGAAUAUUGGGACUACAAAGAGCGGUAGCCAGGAAAGCAUAUUGAACUCGGAUCAACUCCGGGGAGAAGUUCAUUUGGCGGGCAAGAUUCAUCGCACAGACCAGGUAAAGAUUGAGUAUGGGGAAAGACCUCAAGGUGAUCACGUACCACGACCUUCAUGGUAG